ACCGUUUUUCUGGCUGAAUCACUUGCAUGCCCUGAGGGAUUGGUUAGGGCUCAAGACACUCACCUCUCACUCUUCCUGUGGUAACCCCUCCACUCAGCCCCUCGCCGUAAAACGGAACUGGUUGCGUGAUCAGCCUCAGUGUGACUGGCAGGAGGUGGAGAGUUCAGCUAAAACCCUACACACUAGGGCAGAUGUGCUCCAUGGGUUUUGCGCGAUCCCUGGGCUUUGCCCUUCUGCCCCUGGCUGUGUGCUGUAUCAUGGCCAACAUCCUGCUGUUCUUCCCCGGAGGAGAGAUCCAAUAUGUCCAACAGGAGCGACUGUCCAGGCUGAUCUGGUUCAUGAUGGGAAUCGGAGGGGGAGGUGUGUUGAUGUUUUUGCCUGCUGGAGUGUUCAUCAGCCUGGGGAAGUGUACAGGCUGCUGUUGGAAUGAAAGCUUCAUGAUGUGUGGGUCAGUAAUGGCAGCUCUAGUGGGUCUGGCCGGCUCGGGAUACUGUUUCAUCAUCUCAGCCAUGGCCAUGUUGGAGGGACCUCAGUGCUUCACUGCUCUGGGAUGGUCUUAUCCCUUCGCCAAUGAGGGAGGAAGGUACCUAAUGGAGAAGGACACGUGGUCUAAGUGCCUGCAGCCUGUCAGCAUUGUAGAGUGGAACGUGACCCUGAUGUCCAUCCUGCUGGGCCUCAGUGGGCUGGAGUUCAUCAUAUGUGUCCUGCAGGUCAUCAAUGGGCUGGUGACAGCUGUCUGCAGACCCUGCUGCUACAAGCAGGACUACACCCUCAAUGCCUAAACACACACAUAGAUGAGAGACACACACACACACACACAGACACCUGCACACACAAACAAAAUUUGACACACACAAAUGUAAAGUAUACAUACACACGCAUGCAUAUAACAUAAGAUUGAUGUGCAUACACAUGAUAUGACACAUGCACACACAUACGAUACACGCCAGGAGCGUGUACAAUGCCAUCCGUUUAACAUUGCUUUCCAAACACUCCUGGGGGUGCAUCUUAAUAGUCCAACUUCCUCUCCUUGUAUCCUACAUAGUCCCUGGGCCAGUUUCUAAUCAGAAAGUGUGAUUAAUAAGCGAAUGCUGUCUUAUCCCUGUAUGAGGGAGAGAUACCUGUCUGAAUGUUCAGUUAAUUUAUAGUAUUAAUUUCAAAGCACUGUAUUAGAAAUACACUGAAUGAAUGUGUGUAUAAUACAGACCAGAACUGUAGUAUUUUUUUUAUGUUUGAUGUCUUAAGUCUACAUUUUACUAAAAAAUACAAAAGUAUAUAUUUUUGUAUGAAAGUUUUGUCUUUUGUAUUACUGUUUUCAUUGUCUGAAAAUUGUUGUCUCGCAGAUGCUAAAUUGUUAAGGCCGUUUUAUAUAUUUAGUGCAUUUGUCAUAUAUUUUAGUGUUUGUGCUGCCUUAAAUAAAUACGUAUUUUCCAUUUGAA